AUGCAGAAGAAAUUGAACCCAAGUGUCUCCGUUUACUGUUUCUCUCUGCUUCUAUUGAUUCAUUUCGUUGGAGCCAAAUCCGUUUUUGAUCUACAGAGUUUGAAGCAGAUAUUAGAGGAGAAGGUCAACACAGAGAUGGAGGCAGUGGCGACGGAUGGAAACAAGUCGGAGAUCAGAGGGAGCGCUCCAGAGAAGCAUCCUCGAGAGUCCUUGAAGCCCGACAAACAAAGCAUCCUGGCUCGUCUCUUUAAAGACCUCAUGAGGACCUCCAAACGUUCAUCGAGCCGCUACAAGAAGGGUGGCCUGAGGAGCUGCUUCGGCGUCCGGUUAGAGAGGAUCGGCUCUUUCAGCGGACUGGGAUGCUGA